AAAGAAAGAAAAACGAGAGGUCGCGUUUCGAUUGACGACGACGAAUGAUGUCUUCCGGCGCCGGCGGCGGAGCAAAGCCGUUCUUCUGUCACGUGUGCAGCCAGAGGGUCACGUGUGCCGAUGACUCGGAACCGUUCUGCCCGAUCUGUCUCGAGGGUUUCGUCGAGGAAUGGAACCCUAAUCCUAACCCUAACGCAAACCCUAACCAAGAGUCUGACGACUCUUCGGAUUCCGAAUUUCCCUUCCACCCUUUCCCCCUCCUUCCUCUCUUGUUAUCCUCCGCUUCGAGGAUCCGACCCGAACCCGACAUGUUCGACCCGUUGAUCUUCCUCCAGAACCACCUUCAGGAACUCCGCGCCGGCGGCGCCAACGUCCAAUUCGAAUUCGGCCACGGCCACUCCUCGGGCAACGUCGGCGACUACUUCCUUGGCCCCGGCUUCGAGCAGUUGAUGCAGCAGCUCGCCGACAACGACCCCAACCGCUAUGGCACGCCGCCUGCCGCCAAGGACGCCGUCGAGAACCUCCCCACCGUCACCGUCGACGACGACUUGCUGAACUCGGAGCUGAACCAGUGCGCGGUUUGCCAGGACGAGUUCGAGAAGGGGUCGCAUGUGACGCAAAUGCCCUGCAAGCACGUGUACCACGGUGACUGCUUGAUUCCCUGGCUUCGCCUGCACAACUCUUGCCCCGUGUGCCGGUACGAAUUGCCCACGGACGACGCCGAUUACGAGAAUCGGACGCAAGGGAACGCCGGUGAUGGGUCGAGGUCCAGUGGGAGAGAUAGUGGUGGCAGCGACAAUGGCGGUGCAGGUGCAAGGGGGAGUAACAGGCCUGUUCACAGGACUUUUAGAAUAUAUCUGGGGAAUCCUUUUGAUGCAGGUGGGUCUGCGCACGACAGCGGUGAAAGGAGAUGGAGGAAUUUUCCAGAAGAUAUGGAUUGAAGUUGUAUGUAUUGUUUUGUGUUCAAAAACUGGAAACUAUCUUGUGCAGCUCUGUUUCCGUGAAUAGAUUAUUAUCAUUGGCAUGUUUACAAAGCCCUUUUGAGGAUUGUAAGAGAUAUUUGGCCAGGAACUUUGUUCAAUCAAAGGCCUCCCUUUUUAUGUAGUGGAUAGCUGGAACAUGGGAUUGCAUGAAGGCAUAGAAAUAUUGGGAUUUUAGGUACUGUUGUUGAACUUUGAUAACCAUUUUUACCUGUUGUUUUUGUACAGAUCAUCUUCCAAGCAUCCAAUAUUGAUUACCAUCCCUUUAUGCAAUAGUUUGAACAAGUUAUGGUUUAUAUUUUUCUCCUGUGUAUUAAAUGUUUUAAUUUACAAAUUGUUCUUCUAAUCUAUUUAUAAAGAAUCACUAGAAUCGGCCUAGUGAUUGGAAUCAA